AAAAGGACCUUUUUUUGGGGGGGAAAGGACUUUUUUUGGGAAAAGGACCUCUAUUUUGGGGAAAAGGACCUUUUUUGGGGGGAAAAGGACCUUUUUUUGAGGGAAAAGGAUCUUUUUUUGGGGGAAAAGGACCUUUUCCGGGGGGGAAAGGAUCUCUUUUUUGGGGAAAAACGUCGAUUCCCACCACCAGGAACGUCGAUUCCCACCAGGAACGUCGGUUCCAACCAACCAAGAACAUUAAUUCCCACCAGGAACCGCCCAUCCCAUUGGGAAUGUUGAUUCCCACCACCAGGAACACCGAUUCCCAACAAGAACAUUGAUCGAUUCCAACCAGGAACAUCGAUUCCCACCAGGAACGUCGAUUCCUUACCAGGAACAUCGAUUGAUUCCCAUCGGAAACGUCGAUUCCCACCAGGAACGUUGAUUGAUUCCUAUCAGGAACAUCGAUUCCCACCAGGAACGUCGAUUCCCACCAGGAACGUUGAUCGAUUCCCACCAGGAACGUCGAUUCCCACCAGGAACGUCGAUUGAUUCCCACCAGGAACGUCGAUCGAUUGGUUCCCAGCAGGAACGUUGGUUGAUUGGUUCCCACCAGGACCACCCCAUCCCACCGGGACCACCCAAUUCCAAGCGAGAAGGUUGAUUCCCAGCGGGAACGCCGCUUCCCAGCACCGGGAUGUUCAGCUGGCUGCGGAAGCAGGAGAAGAAGAACCCCGAGGUGGUCCACACGGUGACCGAGGGGCUGAAGAACCUCUACAAGAAGAAGCUUCUCCCGGUGGAGGAGUUCUACCGCUUCCAUGAGUUCCACUCUCCGGCGCUGGAAGAGGCGGAUUUCGACACGAAGCCCAUGGUGUUGGUGGUGGGACAGUACUCCACCGGGAAGACCACCUUCAUCCGGUAUCUCCUGGAGCAGGACAUCCCCGGGAGCCGCAUCGGGCCCGAACCCACCACCGACUCCUUCGUGGCCAUCAUGUACGGAGAGAGCGAAGGAAUCACACCCGGCAACGCCCUCAUCGUCGACCCCAACAAACCCUUCCGCAAACUCAACCCCUUCGGGAAUGCCUUCCUCAACCGGUUACAGUGCGCGACGCUCCCCAAUCAGGUGCUGCAGAGCAUCAGCAUCAUCGACACCCCCGGAAUCCUCGCGGGGGAGAAACAGAGAGUGAGCAGAGGUUACGACUUCCCGGCCGUCCUCCAAUGGUUCGCGGAGCGCGUGGACCUCAUCAUCCUCCUCUUUGACGCCCACAAACUGGAGAUCUCGGAUGAGUUCUCGGAGGCCAUUCGCGCCCUCAAGGGCAACGAGGACAAAAUCCGGGUGGUCCUCAACAAGGCCGAUAUGGUGGAGACGCAACAGCUGAUGCGCGUCUACGGGGCCCUCAUGUGGUCUUUGGGGAAGGUCUUCAACACCCCCGAAGUCCUGAGGGUCUUCAUCGGCUCCUUCUGGGCCGAACCCCUCCUCAACGCCGACAACCGGGAGCUCUUCGAGCUGGAGGAGCAGGACCUGUUCCAGGACAUCCAGAACCUGCCCCGUCACGCGGCCCUCAGGAAGCUCAACGACAUGGUGAAACGAGCUCGGCUCGUUAGGGUCCACGCGCACAUCCUGAGCCGCCUGCGGAAGGAGAUGCCGUCGGUCUUUGGGAAGGACACCAAGAAGAAGCAGCUCAUCGCGAAGCUGCCGCUGCUCUUCACCCGCAUCCAACUGGAGCAGCACAUCCCGCCCGGAGACUUCCCGGACUGCGCCCGCAUGCAGGAGCAGCUCCUGGUCCACGACUUCUCGCGCUUCCCGGCGCUGAAGCCGCGGCUCUUGGAGGCUCUGGACGAGCUGCUGAGCACGGGCAUCGCGGCGCUGAUGCCGCUGCUGCGUCAGGAGGAGCUGGAGGCGCCCGACGACGGCGGCGUUCAGGGCGGCGCCUUCGACGGCACUCGCCGCGGCCCCUUCAGCGGCGCCGACGACGACGACGGAGAAGAAGGCGACGACGACGACGAAUGGGCGGUGACCAAAGACAAAGCCAAGUACGACGAGAUCUUCUACGGGCUGGCGCCGUGCGGCGGGAAGCUGAGCGGGCGGCGCGCCCGCAGCUGGAUGGUGAGCAGCAACCUGCCCAGCUCCGUCCUCGGGCGCAUCUGGAAGUUGAGCGACGUGGACCGCGACGGAAUGUUGGACGCCGAAGAGUUCGCGUUGGCCGGUCACCUCAUCGGGGCCAAGCUGGAAGGGAGGGGGUUACCCGCAGAUCUGCCGCCGCGUCUCGUGCCGCCGUCCAAGAGGAGACCCAAAGGCUCCGCGGAGUGACGGGGGGCGGCGAAGGGGG